AUGCUCGCUAUCUUUGCCCUUCUUCCUCUCUUGGCGCUCGCAUCCGCCUCCCCCAUCCAGAAACGCUACACCGGCGUCAAGAUUAAGUCGGGCCUCGGCGACCACUGCCUCACCCCUCUCUUCACCCAGUUCCAGGAGGGCACCCCCAUCACCACCGCUUCUUGCGCGGACGCCAAGACUUGGGAUAUCAACCCCGGGUCUGGCAGUGUCCUCCUCCAUGGCACGGAGUUUGCUAUGGAUGCCGGGACUGGGACAGACAACCAUGAGAUCGUAAAGCUUUGGACCUCCUACCCAGGCCUCUUCCAGCAGACCUGGUUCUACACCGACGACAAUCGUAUCGCCAUCACCGGCGGAAACCAGUGCCUCGACGAGACCAACGCUGGUCCUCAGACUUACGAGUGCACUCCUUGGAACGAUAACCAAGUCUGGCACAUUGUCGAGUCCGACACCCCGACCUCUUUCGUCACUUCCUCUAUUACCCCCUUGCCUACGGGGAGUGCCAGUGUUUCCGACAACGGAACCGUUACUACCUUCUAA